UUCUCCACCAGAGCCUCAGAGUCAGAGCUUUCUAGACGCUCUGGUCUGGCCCGUGAGGCCUAUCCCCAACUCCUCUCCAUCCACAAUGCCAGAAGACAUGGCAGAAGCUUCAUACCCAUUCCACCCCACAGUGGGACUGCCAGAGCUAGUCCCUGCCCUGUGGGAUUGCCCUAACUGAAGCAGACCUAGUAGACAAGGUUGGCCUGCCAGACAUCCUGCUCUGCUGCUCUUUCCUGCCAGUGCCCCCACAGCUUCAGUCAGUUGCUAGCUUUGAGUGGCCCUUAGCUCUGGAGAAACCUGAGGCUGGAGGCUGACAGUUGUCCACCGUGGGAUUGCCAAGAAGGCUUAUAAGAAUCUCCCUUUUAUGCCCAAGUCUGAGCCUCAGCCCUGGCUUUGCUUCCACAUCACUGACCCAUCUACAAGCCAUGGACACACCUUGCUGCUCUGUGGCCACCCUCUGGAGUUUGAGAAGCUUCCUAAGUGGCUCAAAUACACGCCAAGGUUGGAAACUGAGUGAACGUGUUUAUAAGUUGCCACAUGAGUCAGAAGUCAAAAAAAAAAAAAAACAAAAACAAAAACUGCACAGCCUGGAGAGAUUGCUCAGUGGGUAAGAGCAUGAGAAUCCAACGUAAGAUCCAUGUGAAAAAAAACUGCUGUGGCCACACAUACCUAUAAGCCAGAAAUUGCUGGGGCUUGGUAGCCAGAAGCCUAGAGGCGGGUUCAACAAGAGACUCCAUUCAAGGCAGUAAGAGUGACAGGACAGCUGAUGUCCCAUCUUCCUGUGUGUGUAUGUGUUCAGAUGUGCAUAUGAUACACUCAUUACAUGCAAAUACACAAAAGCUCCAGAGGCAAUCAGAUGUGGUGGGGUGUACCUUUAGUUCCAGCACUUGAGAGACAGGUGGAUCACUGACUUGGAGAGGCCAGCCUGGUCUACACAGAGACUCCACCUUAGCUGGUCUGUGAGCUUCCCGCUCCAUCUCUGCAGGGGGUACUAGGAUUACAGAUGAGCACCACCUCCUCUGCCCUUCUACGUAAAGCAGCUUUAUCGUCUAUGCCACCUAUAUGGCCCAUAGUGGGCAGGUUCUUAACAUUUAUUGAGCCGCCUUUGUGUCGGGCCAUGCAUUCCAGGUGCUGAGGUUUGACUAAGAAUGAAGUGGCAAAUCCAGGCCCUCUGAAGGCCUCGCAGUUGGGAGCACCUGGCUUCCAGCCCAUCUCCAUCACUGAGAGGCAUUAAUCCAGAGCCUGUUCUCCCUGGAUCGCUCUGCGCAAUUAUGGGAAGUUACUCACCUCAGUUCACCUGUACAACCGAUAGAGUACCUUAGGGUCAGCAAGAUGGCUCAGCAGGUAUAGACGCUUGCCACCCAGCCUACCUGACUUCACUCCUUGGGACCCACAAUGUGGAGACAACUUACUCCCACAGUGUUCGUCGAUCACGUGCUGUGCUACACAUACCCAUAGAGAAACAUACACAAACGUUUAAAAAAUAAAUCGUAAGAGUACCUACUUUAGAAGGAUAUGCUGUGCUCUUGGCAGACAGAGGUAAGAGGACGGUCACAGGUUUGAGGCCAGCCUGAUUUAUAAAUUACCAGUUCAGCCUUGAAGCAAGAGCCUGUCUCUGAAAGAAAAAAAGAAAAGGUAUGUGCCUCAGCCUGCUUAUGAGUUUUAAAUAAACUGAUAGAUGCUAAUCCAAAAAGGUUAAUUAGGUUUUCUAAUUCUUUUGUUGUUUGGGUGUGUUUUGUGGGGAAUGAAAAUAUUUUUAGAAGUGCAUGUGUGUGUUGGUGGGGGGGUCCCUCCUGUAGCCUGGCUGGCCUGGAAAGUGCCUGAAUCCUUAAGGCUGGCCUCCAACAAUGUAGCAGAUCCACCUGCCUACACUUCCCCAGUGCUGGAAUCACAGGCCUGCACCACCACCCCCCUAUUCAUGGUGCUUAGCGUUCUCCUUUUCGCAUCGCUUACAAAGAGGCCAGGAGAUUCCUCCAUCUCCCGCACCGAGUUCUGAAAGACACUCUCCUUAGCUCUGAAAUGGGAAAGGACAGAGCACGCAGGCGCCGAAAGGAAACACGGUCUGGGAGCCGGGCGCCAUCUUGGUAGAGGGCAGCGCCGGCAGCUUCUUGACGUCAUCAUUGUGCACGAGUGGCGAUUCUCUGGCAGGUUGGGGAGCAGCAGGCCAGCUGGGACCGACCGCGGAGGACCGGGAUGGGGGAGGUGGCCGUGGCGGCAGGACCCUGUCCACUCCGCGAGGACAGCUUCACGCGCUUCUCGUCGCAGAGCAACGUAUAUGGGCUGGCGGGAGGCGCCGACGGGCGAGGGGAAUUGCUGGCCGCCACUCUUAAAGGCAAGGUGUUAGGCUUCCGCUACCAAGACCUCCGACAGAAAAUCCGUCCCGUGGCCAAAGAGCUGCAAUUCAACUACAUCCCCGUGGAUGCUGAGAUUGUCUCCAUCGACACCUUCAACAAGUCACCCCCAAAGCGGGGCCUGGUUGUGGGCAUCACAUUCAUAAAGGACUCAGGAGACAAGGGCAGUCCCUUUCUUAACAUUUACUGUGACUAUGAGCCUGGCUCGGAGUACAACCUGGACUCCAUUGCAGAGAGCUGCCUGAAUUUGGAACUCCAGUUCACACCUUUCCAGCUGUGCCACACAGAAGUCCAGGUUGGGGACCAGCUGGAGACUGUCUUUCUUCUGAGUGGGAAUGACCCAGCCAUUCAUCUGUACAAGGAGAACGAGGGGCUACAUCAGUUUGAGGAGCAGCCCGUGGAAAACCUCUUCCCAGAGCUCACAAACCUGACCAGUAGUGUCCUCUGGCUUGAUGUCCACAACCUCCCUGGCUCAUCCCGGCGGCUCUCAGCUCUGGGCUGUCAGAGUGGUUAUGUGCGUGUGGCUCACGUGGACCAGAGGAAUCGAGAGAUCUUGCAGACAUGGACAGUCCUGCAGGAUGGACCCAUCUCCAGAGUGAUUGUAUUCAGCCUGUCGAGCCCAGAGGCAACCAAGGACAGCGCCCAGCAGGAAGGAUACAGUCUUCUUGUGGCCAGCAUGCUGGAGCCAGCGGUGGUGUACUGGGACCUUCUGAACAAGGGCCUGGAAGACCAGCUUCUCCUGCCCGGCAGUGACCAGUUUGACAGCGUCCUCUGUGGCCUAGUCACUGACGUGGACCUGGAUGGACAGCCAGAAGUUCUGGUGGCCACCUAUGGACAGGAGCUGCUCUGCUAUAAGUACCGAGGACCGCCCGAGGCCAACAGAGGCUUCUGCCUGCUGUGGCGCAGGACCUUUGCCAGCCCGCUGCUGGCCAUGGCCCAUGUGGACCUGACCGGGGAUGGGCUUCGGGAGCUGGCUGUGGUCUCGCUGAAAGGGGUGCACGUCCUCCAGCAUAGCCUGAUCCAGGCCUCUAAGCUGGUCUUGACCCGGCUUCGUCGGCGAGUGGAACAGAGGAAACAGCAGCAGGGCCUUGGGGACAGGGCGGGUCCCAGGCCUGAGGAGCUCCCAGCCUCCUGAGCACUCCCUCUUCCCACAUCGGUCAUCGAUUGGGUGAGGGAAGCAUCUCAGAAGAGGCGUGCUUCCUUUGGACUCCCCCAGAAGGGGCAUGCUGGGAGUCCCUGCCUGUCCCUCCCACCCCCGUGCUGCUUGACCCUGGCUGACCACUCCUGCCUGAGCCAUUUGCAAAGGGGUGUUCUCAGCAGCCACCUGCUAUCCCAUCAGGUGCUGGGCCAUUGACAACUGUUCAUGCCCACAGAGCAACAAAGCUGUCCUAGUUCUCUUCA